CCACGCCCCCCAAACUUUCGGGAAGGGAAACAAUCUCCCACACAGGCCUCGCAACCUCUCCUUGACCUAUUUGAGGCCACUGUUGUGCAGCCAACGCCAUCUUGCUGCACGAUUAUUACCCAUUCAAUUCUCUGACUAUUACUUCAUCACUGAUGCAAGAUCCAUCACAAAGGUUUUGUCGCUAGCAUUAUGGCAGGUGCCAUGCAAGUCAAAUUAGCCACAAAAGAAAGCAUGUUGGGAAAUGCUCUAGCCUUUGAUUCUUCUGACGCAUUUUCCUCAGAAUUUGUCCAUAUCCUGCAUGAUCAUGAACUGGAGCUGCGCACAAGGCUUUUCAAGCAGUGGCAAGAAAGUAAGAACUGUGAUUUGAUCUUGGCAGCCAAAGGAGGAAAGCUAUAUGCACAUUCUUGUGUGGUGGCUGCCUUUAGUCCAAAAAUUAGAACUCUGCUGGAAAAUGGAUCACAGAUCUCCCCAGCUUUCACUGGAACUUACAUGCAUAUCAUAUUUGAGUACAGUGUCAUUCGAUGCCUUCUUAGCAUGAUGUAUACUGGAGUUCUAAGUUUUAACACUUCGCUGUUGUCAUCUGUGCUAUCUGCUGCAAGAUGGCUGCAGAUGGAAGAAAUUGUUCGGGUCUGUCAGGACUUUAAAAGAGACACAUCGACAAGUGUGAAAGAAGAUGAAGAAGAAGUUCUUACAGACGAAAAUGUUUUACUCCUUAUUGAUGCAGCAAGUGACCAUCAAAAAAGUAAUCAUAAUAUUCAUGCACCAAAAGAUGACGAUGAAUUGGAAACAUCAACACAACCCCUUUUAGAGAAGGAACCAAAGGAUUCAAUUCUGGUGGAACCCAGGCAUAGGAAAAAUAACCCUACAAAAAUUGAAAAGAAAACAAAGAGCCAAAAUCGACCUAGAGGAAGGCCAAAACGAAAAGCUAGAAUACCUCAGCCUGGAAAACAAAAAGAACAAGAAAGACGAAACUGCAGAUCAUCUCACUCAUCGCCAUCCAAGACAGAUACAGAAAAGUCUGCAUUAGAAAAAGAAACUUUAAUUUUGGCAGGGACCUUGUUGUCUCAUAAUGACCUUAUUGAAGCAGAAAACAUCAGCAAAACUGAUAGUGCCGAACUGAAUUUCUACCUGGGAAAGCUGGGACAUAUUAACUGUAAGAAAUGCUUGGCCAAGUUCACGAAGGCAGAAGACUAUAAUGAACACCUAAACAACCACCCAACCUACUCCUGUGAUGUUUGUGGAAUGACCUACUUUCGGAAGUCCAACCUUACUCGGCAUUUACGAACAAGUCAUUUUAAUCAACACCACCUGAACUGUAAAAAAUGUGACUUUGUGGCGAAGACAGAGAGCGAACUGCGAAGCCACUCUAAGGAAGUACACAACGAGAGCAAGCCAUUCCAGUGUGAACACCCAGGGUGCAAGUACACUACCUGGAAAUUUGACUUCCUGCAUCGCCACUCAGAGAUCCACAGUGAAGUCAAGCGCUAUAUCUGUGACAAGUGUGGUCAGGGGUUUUCUCAGCAUGCAGGACUCAUGUCACAUCACCGAGCCUGUUACCAUCUGCAGCAGUACCUGUGUGACCUGUGUGGUCAGGCGUUCAACCAUGUGCAGUCUAUGCGAGCUCAUCGCCGGACCAUCCAUUAUGGAGAGAAGCCCUUCACCUGUAGAGUGUGUGGCAACCCCUUCAGCGACCAGCGCAAUUUGAAGCGACACAUGCGCAUCCAUGAAAAUGCUUUCCCUUAUCAGUGUCACAUCUGCAAGCAGAAGUAUCGACAUUCAAAUUCACUGAAAGCUCAUUUAAAGAAGCAUGGUGAUAACAACUUUGAUGUCCAGAUAGCCAGUGCUUUUAGCCUUGCAAAUGCACAGUUACACCAAGCAAAGAGUUUGUCCAGUCCAGAUAACGGAGAAGACCGUUCCCCUGGCACUUCUGACAAUCUUAAUGGUCUGUCUAAAGACACUUUUUCUGAAUUACCUCCCAGAGAGAGCAGCCAUGUACAAUGUUUAUCCACAUGCUAGCAGCAGUGGGGAAUCCAACAUUGUAUUUCCUGGUCAGAUACAACCAGACCUGGAUGAAGGCAGCAAAGUAAGGGGCAUCAGUAAAAAUCAAGCACUAAAUGCAAGACAUGUAACACCUAAACGUGCCACUGCUGGCCAGGAUGACAGCAGUGUCUUGGUUAGCCGGUCAUUGCUGAUUGAGAAUAGGCGAGAGAGGUCUGAGCAUUCCUCAACACCCAGGGUGUAUAUCCGCCACCAUGGCCUCAGCAGUCAAAAAAAAGGCAACAGCAAUGGUGUCAGGGACAUGGCAGCUCACCAGCUAGUCCAUCUCCUAUGAACCCUGCAUCUGAUGCCCUAAUGAACAGCAGCUUUGAGAUUCACUCAAUCCCAUCCAUUAUACUGGGCAGUGGCAUUCAAUCUUUUAUUGAUGUCCAGCCAGUCAGCGUCGACCAGCAGCUUCAAGGCAUCAUAGGAGACGCUCAUUCUGCCAGCUCUGUUUCCCUGCCUGUUGUAACGCUUGACUCGCAGUCACAGAGCCUGAUGGAUGAUUCUGCCCUUGGUUCUAUUUCACAGAACUUUACAGUCAUUGUCACCCCUGAACUAGCUCUGGUGGACUCUACAGUUCACCUUCCAGCUCAUACACACAAGUAGUGAGAACUGUGCCUUUGCACAGCGUCAGUGUUCACGUUGCUGGGUUUAACCGCUCACUUUCCACACAUGGCAGUACAAGUUUUACACACCAGACUGUUGGCAAAAACAGGCAGAUGCCCGAUAGUGAUGGUGAUACUUGUGGUAGUGUCAGCAAUGGUGCAAUCGAUGCUAGUGAUAGUAAUGGUGAUGCAGGCAGUGGUCAAACUCGAUAUGGUCUUGAUACUUUGGCUGAGAUUUGUUUUAAUUCAUCUCAGUAGAAAGAAGUUUGUUUUUAAAAUAAAGGGACUUUUUUUUAGAAAAGAGAAAUGUGAAUUGUUUCCACAGCUGUUUUAUUAAAUAAUUGCUUGCCUGCAAACUCAAAAUAUGUACUUUGCAAACAUUUACUUUUCUCGUUACUUUUAUUCAUUACAGAUUUUUAAUAUGCCAAUUGUUGAUAUAAGCUAAUGUAUUUAUUGUUGAGACACAUAACAACAGAUUGAUAAAUUUGUGUAUUUAAACUGUAGAAAAGGCAUAUCUCUUUGGCAUAUGAGUGGUCCAGUGGCGCAACAGUUAGCGUGUCACCAAUACAGUGAGGAUUGGCUGUCCUGGGUUCAGAUCUAAUCUCAGGCACGCAGCUCUUUCUCUGCAUGUGACAUCUGUUUGCAGGGCUGGCUGCCUUGCUGUGAUUUAGCCUUAGGUGCUGGCUUGGCAUAAAACACCAAUUCUUGCUUCCCUUUGACAUAUCUGUUUGCUGUCCCUUCAAAUAGUGGGAAAGCACCAUUAUUUAAGAGCAUACAUUUUCAUAUUUUACAUGCAAUUAUGUAAUGAGAUUACACAAAAAUGUGAUAUUACAUUUCUUUUCCAGACUGAACUGGAAUGUUUUUCUCAUGUCAAUAUCAAUGAUGACAGAUAAAGUGUUAUGGUAUUCAUGGUGUUCAAUAUCACUGCAGGAAAUUUGUUUAUAGACUUCAUAGAGUUUUAUUCUUUCCAACAAUAACCAUAUUACUUUCCUUCAGUUCCUAAUCCUUUGUCAUCAAAUUAGUGCAUAAUAAAUAUUUUUAUUUCAUUUUACUGUCUCUUAAUCCCAAUCGCCCCAAAUGGAGCAUAGGGCUGUAACUACACUCUGCCAUCAGACCUGGUUCUGGGCGUCCCUUUCCAGUUGGAACCAUGUCAUGCCAGCUGCCUCCUGCCUCUCUGUGGACUGAUCUCCUCCAUGUCUGACUGGGUCUCCCAACCCUGCACCUCUCCUGUGGGUUCCAGCCCAGAGCUUGUUAAAUUGUCCGCCGACUUUCGCAAGGUGUGACUGAUCCAGCCCCGCUUCUGUUUCUUGGUGUCUUGGCUGGCAGGUUUUUGGUUGGUUCUCUCCCAAAGGUCUGUAUUAGAGAUCUUUUCUGGCCAUCUGAUGUUGAGGAUGUUGCGCAGACAUCUGUUGGCGAAUGUCUGAAUCUUGUUGGUGAUGGUGUUUGUCAUGCAAUGUCUCAGAUCCAUCUAGAAGGACUGACUUUACAUUUUAGUUCAAGGUGCGGAUCUUUGUGUAAAGAUAAAGCCUUGGAGUUCCAGAAAAGUCGUAGGGUGUGGAAUGCAAGCCUGGCUUUGUUUAUUCAGCUUCUUGCAUCUUCAUCUGUACCUCCAUCUUUGCUGACUAUGCUGCUAAGGUAGGUGAAAUGGUCAGACUUGGUCACACUCUGUAAUACCUUCCCCAUGUAAUUUGAGCGGGUCUUUUGCUUGUUGUUGACACACAUUACCUCUGUCUUCUUGAUGUUGAUGGUCAGGCCAGUCAUUGCUGCUUCUGCGAACCGAAUGAGCUUUGUCUCUGCAUGUUGUUUGUGGGACGAACAGACUGAUGUCAUCCGCAAAGUUGAGAUCCUAAAGUUGCCUGGCGAAGGUCCACUGAAUGCCCUUGUUGCUGUUAGAGGUUGUUCUUCUCAUGAUGCAGUCUAUGAGAGUCAGUGAGAGCAUACAACCUUGCCUUACUCAGUCCUCACUGUGAGGGGGUCAAUCAGCUUUCCAUUGUGGAUCACCUGGCAUGUUGAGUCCUCAUACAGCUGCUGGAUGAUGGCAAUGAACUUUGGUGGAAAUCCAUAGUGCUGGAUCAGUUUCCAGAUGAUUUCCAUCUACAGAGUCAAAAGCCUUCUCAAAAUCCACAAAUGUUAUGUAGAAUGGCAACUGCCAUUCAAUAAUAUUUUGUAUGUUCAAUGAUAUUUUGUGGUGUAGCGAUAUGGUCUGUGCAUGAUUUACCCUGCCAAAAGCCUGCCUGUUCCUGCCUCAAUCUCUUGUCUAGGGCAUUCUUCAGUCUCUCCAAGAUGAUUUUGGUCUGCACCUUACUAGGAAUGGACAACAGCGUAAUCCUACGCCUAUUGCUGCACUGUGUCAGGUAUCGGGCCAU